AGUGUUUGCAACUUUUCAAGCAAAUUGUCACGAACUUAAAAUUACAAAAGAUGAUUGUAGAUCAGCCAUAGAAUUAGUUAAAUUGAUGGAAAAAGUUUUUAAGUAUGAAAAAGAAAGAAAAUCAGAGUUCAACUUGUGGCUGUCAAAUUAUUUUAAUGAACCUGUUGACAAACUACCACUUCCUGCUGACCAUCAAGAAGCCGAUAUAGGCUCUGUUGUUAUCAUUGGACAAUUAUCAUUUGUACUCCUUAUUGGUGAAAUAAAAAAUGAGAUUGGGGAAGGAGGUGGAUGUGCAUAUGUGCAGGCUUGUGCAUCUUAUGCAAAACAAGUUGCUUUGAACAGAAAUAAUGUAAUAUGUCAAGGUCUUAACCCCGCUUUCCUUCUCUAUCUUGCAGGUCCUUAUCUUGGCAUUGGUGGAGCUGUUUUAGGCAAGGAAUUCACAAUGGAACCUUUCACGCCAAUGUUCCCACUUUUGUUUAUGAAGAAUGACUUAAGUGCAAUGGAAUCACUAACUCAUGCCUUAUUGGCAUUGAAAUUCAUGAUAGGAGAAACAAGUUUUACUUUUUCUUAUAUGAAACAGCUACAUAAUGAAAAACUAUUGUUUUUAGUGAAAGGAUUAUCUGGAGCUUUUUUGGGUAAAUUAAUAUUAGUGAAAUUUGUUAAAAGAUAUGGUAUAGAUGCUCAUAUUUAUUGUGCAGAUCAAGGAAUAGCACCUAAAUUCUAUGCAUAUAAUAAAAUACCUGGCUGGUCUAUGGUUGUUAUGGAAUACCUGACAGAAUAUGUUGAUAUUUACACUGCCAUGCAUGAUCUUAAGCUAGAUCGAAAAGUAUUGUUCAAGAAAGCAGAAGAGACUAUUAAAAUCUUGCAUGAUAGAGACUUUGUACAUGGUAACCUACAAGCAUCAAGUAUCUUGGUUUCAAUUGAUAUGAGGCAAAUGAGAAUUGUAGACUUCGUUUGGAGUGGGUUAAAUGGAAAAGUUUUUUAUCCUUAUUUUAUAAACAACUCUGUUCCUUGGCAUCAUGAGAGUCCAAUGAGGCUAGUGUUAGUGACUUCGUUUAAAGAAAAACAAAGUGUAUUGGUAACAAUCCCACCAGAAGUUGUG